UCUCAGAUUCUCAGUCAGUCAGUGUCGUGUGUAGAAAAAAGUUGAACGUUCAUCGAUUUGGGCUUUUGGAGCAUUUAAUUUACUUUCUUCAAUUGAACCAGAUGGAUUGGGUGCACUGCAAUAAUUGUUAUUACCGACCAGGUCAUCAGCCAAAGAAAGAAAUGAUCUUAACAUCAUGUGGUCACAUAUUUUGCAAAUGCUGUGAACGUUCAGCACAAAUAGAGCAUUGUAAAAUUUGUGGCGAAAGAGCCAACACAACAGCAUUAUCAUCGCAGAUGAUUGAACAAGUCAGAGCCUACUUCGAGGAGCCGGAGACAGGGCUUGCACUCAAAUUGAAGGUGAUGGAGUUUCAAAAGACCCACAGAUUGAGGCUGGACCAGUAUCAUCAAACAGUGGUGGAAAAAUACCAAAAGCUGAAGGCUGAAUACCAAAAGCUGAAGAGUUCAUAUCAAAAGAUGGAGGCAGAGCACAGACAGAUCAAAGAGGAGAAUAUGAUGUACAGAAGAAGACUAAAUGCACCACCAUCUGGUUCGUCUCUGUUCAGACAAAACAGUCAAGAAUCUCCGUUCAUUCGGACAUCGGAGAAAGAAAAUCGAGCGCCAAGUUCGCCUUUUUUUGUCACCCCGCCGAGGCCUUUAUCUUCCAGUCAGAUAUACAGAAAUAUCAACACCCCAUCAACACCAAUGUCAGAUGGAAGUACUUCACCAAUCUCUGUGGCUUCCAAUCAAAGUUACCGUAGCCGUGUCAGUGGCAGAUCAAGCAGUCAGAAAAUGUAUCGGCCGGGACUCACUCCUCCCGUCAAUGGACUCAGCUUACUGUCUGUUAGCGCACAGCGAACGAGGGAAACAAGUUCAAGAAACCAACAUUAAAAGAAGUGGUGCAACUAGAGCCUUUUAGUUGCUGUAGGUUUUUUGUUGUUAUUCAUUUGGUUUUUCUUCCUUCUAAGUGAUAUUUUCUUUUAGGUAAUUACUCUUCUUCCUAAGUGAUAUUUUCUUUUAGGUAAUUACUCUUCUUCCUAAGGGAUAUUUUCUUUUAGAUAAUUACUCUUCUUUCUAAAUGAUAUUUUCUUUUAGGUAAUUGCAAUUAGGCAUUUUGGUGACCAUGGGAUUAAAUAGCUAACUGUUAUUGUUAAACUUAAAAUUUAGUCUUGGUUAUAGUGUCAGAGUUAAACGUUUUCUAAACAUUAAUUUUAAUUUAAAAGAAAUAAUUAAUUUGAUUUCUAGUAAUUAACUUAAACAAGAGGUUAGUUCAGUAGUUUAAUGCAUUGUACAGGAUUGGAAACCUUUAGGUUAAAUUAUUUAUGUAAUUUCUUUCAGUUUAUUAUC